AUGAUCCAUGGUCCGGAGCCUGUAGUGAUGAUCCAUGGCCCGGAACCUGUAGUGAUGAUCCAUGGCCCGGAGCCUGAAGUGAUGAUCCAUGAUCUGGAGCCUGUAGUGAUGAUCCAUGGCCCGGAGCCUGUAGUGAUGAUCCAUGUGAAAAUCAAGGGCACGGAGCCUCCAGCAGCGGUCCCCAGUCCGGAGCCUCCAGCGACGGUCCCCAGUCCAGAGCCUGUAGCGACGGUCCCCAGUCCGGAGCCUGCAGCGACAGUCCCCAGUCCGGAGCCUCCAGCGACGGUCCCCAGUCCGGAGCCUGUAGCGACGGGCCCCAGUCCAGAGCCUGUAGCGACGGUCCCCAGUCCAGAGCCUGCAGCGACGGUCCCCAGUCCGGAGCCUGCAGCGACGGUCCCCAGUCCGGAGCCUCCAGCGACGGUCCCCAGUCCAGAGCCUGUAGCAACGGUCCCCAGUCCAGAGCCUGUAGCAAUGGUCCCCAGUCUGGAGCCUGCAGCGACGGUCCCCAGUCCGGAGCCUGUAGCGACGGUCCCCAGUCCAGAGCCUGUAGCGACGGUCCCCAGUCCGGAGCCUGCAGCGACAGUCCCCAGUCUGGAGCCUCCAGCGACGGUCCCCAGUCCGGAGCCUGUAGCGACGGGCCCCAGUCCAGAGCCUGUAGCGAUGGUCCCCAGUCCAGAGCCUGUAGCGAUGGUCCCCAGUCCAGAGCCUGCAGCGACGGUCCCCACGACGGUCCACAGUCCGGAGCCUGCAGCGACGGUCCACAGUCCGGAGCCUGCAGCGACGGUCCCCAGUCCACAGGGACGGUCCCCAGUCCCAGAGCCUCCGGCGAUGAACCAUGGUCCGGUUCCUCCGGUAACGAUCCACGGUCCGGAGUCUCCGGCAACGAUCCACGGUCCAGUUCCACGGAAGCAGACGGAUCAGCGUGCGGAGCGGGGACUACGUCCCGAACCGGAGCCGCCACCGAGGAUAGAUGCCUCCCGGACCCUCCCCUAUAGAGUCAGGUUUUGA